CUUCACCGCGCAUUUGUGGCGCUCUAAUCAAAGGGGGCUGGACGUAGUGUGAGGCGGUGUCUUGUGUUACCAUAGAGAAGCCGGCCGGCGGCGCUGUCACAGCUUGUUCCUGUGUGUGGUCAUGUCCACGUUUCGCUGGACUCGCUCUCUUCAGCUGACUUUAGCUGUAAUUAAGCCGGACGCAGUGGCACAUCCCAUCAUAUCUGACGCUGUACAUCAAAGGAUCCUAGACAACAAAUUUCUUAUAGUAAGAAGUAAGGAACUUCAGUGGCGAGCAAAAGAUUCUCAGAGUUUUUACCAAGAACAUUCAGGAUGCUUCUUUUAUCAGCGAUUGGUUGAGUUCAUGUCGAGUGGUCCCAUGCGUGCCUACAUACUAGCUCAUGAAGAUGCAAUCCAACUGUGGAGGGACAUUAUGGGUCCAACAAAAGUGUUCAGAGCCCGUAUUACAGCACCAGAAACUAUCCGUGGACAUUUGGGAUUGACCGACACACGCAACACAACACAUGGUUCAGACUCAGUGGAAUCUGCCUGUAGAGAAAUCUCAUUCUUCUUCCCGGAUUUUGAUGUUAGUCGCUGGUAUGAGGAUCAGGAGCCUCUCUAUCGUGCUGGACCAAUAUGCUACGAUGAGGAGACUCUUGAGCACAGACUUGUGGGAAAGUGAGGAGGACACUGGGACUUGUCAUGGUCGGGCAGUGCGCAGUCUGUGGUCUAAAGCCGAAGUGCAUCUGUGAUUUGUUUGUAACACUGCAGCAACAAGCCACCGCUAUCAGAAGUGGAAGAACUUAAAGGAGAGCAUUUGCCCAAAAAAGGGAUAUCCUCUUAAUGCAACGAUGAUCGAAGAAAGCCAUAAAAAU